AAGUUACCCCUUGCUAUCCUAGCUGUGUCAUAGAAAUGCUACCCAUCCCUCCUUUCUCUUUCCCUUUAUAAAAUCAUUUCUCCCUCUCUCUGUAGUCUCAUCAGCAAUAUCAGGCAGAAGGAGCUGGCUGCAACAGUUCGCUGCAGAGAGACGUAUAUCCUCUCCAGUUAGUUAUUUAACGGUUUUUGUCCUUCGCUUUUCCAUUUUUCCAUUUCAUUCUUUUGAAUUUAGUCCCUUUCCUCUGCUAGAUCUUUUCUUCAAAAUCACCACUCCCUUGUCUUGAUUACUAUAUAUUUCAGUCAGAAUACCUAAGAAACCAUGAUUAGUUGGAAUGAUCUCUACAAUGUUUUGUCCGCUGUUAUUCCUCUUUAUGUUGCUAUGAUCUUGGCUUAUGGGUCUGUUCGAUGGUGGAAAAUCUUCAGCCCGGACCAGUGUUCCGGUAUCAACCGUUUCGUGGCGAUUUUCGCAGUGCCACUGUUGUCAUUUCAUUUUAUCUCCACCAAUGAUCCUUAUUCUAUGAACUUCAGGUUCAUUGCGGCCGACACGCUUCAAAAAAUAAUAAUGCUGUUUGCUCUGGGAAUUUGGACUAAUUUCACCAAAAAUGGAAGCUUGGAAUGGAUGAUUACCAUCUUUUCUUUGUCGACUCUUCCGAAUACUCUUGUCAUGGGAAUUCCUCUUUUAAUCGCCAUGUAUGACGACUACUCGGGAAGCCUAAUGGUUCAAGUUGUGGUAUUACAGUGUAUCAUUUGGUACACUCUCCUCUUGUUUCUUUUCGAAUAUAGAGGUGCAAAGAUGUUGAUCAUGGAGCAAUUUCCUGAAACUGCAGCCUCCAUUGUUUCGUUUAAGGUUGAUUCUGAUGUGGUAUCUUUAGAUGGUCGAGAUUUUCUGGAAACUGAUGCUGAAAUCGGUGACGAUGGCAAGUUACAUGUGACGGUCAGGAAAUCUAAUGCCUCCAGACGGUCUCUUGGCCCGGGUUCUUUGUCUGGAUUGACUCCCCGGCCAUCAAAUCUUACUGGAGCUGAGAUUUACAGUCUGAGUUCUUCAAGGAAUCCUACUCCAAGAGGGUCUAAUUUUAACCCUUCUGAUUUCUACUCCAUGAUGGGAGUUCAGGGAUUCCCGGGAAGGCAUUCAAAUUUAGGUCCAGCUGAUAUGUACUCAGUACAAUCUUCAAGAGGGCCAACUCCAAGGCCGUCGAAUUUCGAGGAAAAUUGUGCUCCAAUGGCUACUAUAACCUCUCCAAGAUUCGGGUUUUAUCCAGCACAGACAGUACCUACAUCUUAUCCAGCACCGAAUCCUGAACUUGCCUCUACUAUCACUUCUAAAACCACAAAAAAUCAGCAGCAGCAGAACCACCACCAGCCGCAGCCUCAGCCGCAGCCGCAACAGAAUAGCAAAGUAAAUCAUGAUGCUAAGGAACUACACAUGUUUGUGUGGAGCUCAAGUGCAUCACCAGUUUCCGAAGGAGGUGGGCUCCACGUCUUCGGCGGGACUGAUUUUGGGGCAUCAGAACAAUCCGGACGGUCUGAUCAGGGCGCCAAGGAGAUCAGGAUGUUGGUUGCUGACCAGCCGCAAAAUGGGGAUAGCAAAACCAUUCUUCCACAAGCUGGAAAUUUUGCUGGCGAGGACUUUAGUUUUGCCGGGAGAGGAGAAGGAGAAGAUGAUCAGAGGGAAAAAGAAGGUCCCACUGGACUUAACAAACUUGGGUCCAGCUCAACUGCCGAGUUGCACCCAAAAGCAGUCGGCGCUCCAGAUUCCGGUGGCAGUAAGCAGAUGCCACCGGCAAGCGUUAUGACCCGUCUGAUAUUGAUCAUGGUUUGGCGGAAACUUAUUCGCAACCCCAACACAUACUCUAGUCUCAUUGGUCUCAUCUGGUCUCUAAUUGCUUUCCGGUGGCAUGUGGAAAUGCCUAAGAUAAUAAAACAGUCAAUCUCCAUUCUGUCUGAUGCCGGACUUGGAAUGGCUAUGUUCAGCUUAGGUCUGUUUAUGGCUUUGCAACCGAAGAUAAUUGCUUGUGGAAAUUCGGUUGCCACAUUCGCCAUGGCUGUUCGAUUCUUGACUGGCCCUGCAGUGAUGGCUGCUGCAUCAAUUGCUGUUGGUCUGCGUGGUACCCUCCUUCAUGUUGCUAUUGUCCAGGCUGCACUGCCACAAGGAAUUGUUCCAUUUGUGUUUGCCAAGGAGUACAAUGUCCAUCCAGCCAUUCUUAGCACUGGGGUUAUCUUUGGAAUGUUGAUAGCAUUACCGAUUACUCUUGUUUACUACAUUCUUCUUGGACUGUGAUCAGUUCUCCUCGGCGGUAGCCUAAAAGGGAGCAAAAUGAAGAGGAUUUUGAUUACUUGCUGAUUAUGUGUCACCCUUGGCAGCAAUAUUGAUUAUAAUUGCGCCAAAAUAUAGUUUCUAGUAACAGGAGAAUCGAUAUCAGGCAAAGAAGAUUUUAGUACAAAGAAUUUGCCGAAAGCUCCAAGUUUUUUGAGGUGGAAGUAUUUUAACUUGGUGGAAGCCCGGAUAUAAGGAGCGCGCACUCAUUAGGAGCCAAAGUUGGUUAAUUUUUUUAAGGUUUGAGAUGAACAAAGAAGGCCAGUCUUACAGGGAGAGACAUCAAAGAGGAAAAUAAGGGCUAAUAAGGCGGCUAUUGAUAUUUAAUUCUCUUCAUUUCCACUAUGCAGGUCUGCAAUUACAAAAAGACAGAAAAAUGAAGUAAUUUGUGAAGAUGGGGAAGAGGAGAAAAGUGUUUUCCUUUUUACUAUUCUGUGCUCCGUUGUUCUUAGUGUUUGCUUUGAUUGUCCGUAGAUCCGGAAAUUAUUUGCGUCUGUCGUCUUUAUUUUUGGUUUGUAAUUUAUCUAGGAUUAUCAAUUAUGAUCAAAAGGGAGCAUUAGUCUUUCA